GUCAUGUAGGCCUCGUAGCCCACAGUGUUUAUGUUUUAGACACGCCUACUCUUGUGUCACGCCUACUUUGGUUCCGCAGAAACCCCUUCUCGCUGGUUUUGAUGUUUACGUAGCUGUUUCCUCGUUUUGUAACAGCGAGCGUGCCUGUUACAAAACCGAGCGAUUUUAGCGUUCACAAAACAGCACCAGAGCGGAGUCUGCGGUGAUAGAAGACUCACGAUCCACAGGCAUGGCUCACACAUGUAUUCACUGGUUCCGAAAGGGCCUCAGGCUACAUGACAACCCAGCACUGAUGGCUGCUCUGAGAGACUGUAAGGAGCUGUACCCUGUUUUUAUCCUGGACCCUCACCUGUAUAACACUCAGGUGGGACUGAACCGCUGGAGGUUUCUGAUCGGAGCUCUGAAGGACCUGGACUGCAGCCUGAGAACACUCAACUCUAGGCUGUUCGUCCUGAGGGGGAAGCCUGAAGAUGUGUUCCCCAAACUGUUCAACAAGUGGAAGGUGACACUGCUGACGUACGAGUACGACACAGAGCCCUACAGUCUGAUCCGAGACAAAACGGUGACCACCCUGGCCGAACAACACGGAGUGAGCGUCAUCUACAGAAUCUCCCAUACCCUUUAUGACAUAGAUAGGCUGAUUGAGGAAAACGACGGGAAACCUCCUCUCACCUACAACCGUUUGCGAGAGCUAACUAGGAAGCUUGGUCCGCCCAAAAAACCCAUCCCUGCUCCGACCUUUGAAGACAUGAAAGACAUCAAGACACCCUGCUCAGAGAAACAUGAGCAGAAAUACGGGAUCCCUACGUUAGAGGAGCUGGGCCGGGACACGGCGUCUCUCGGAGAGGAGCUGUUUCCAGGAGGCGAACACGAGGCUCUCAGGAGACUGGACCUGCACAUGAAAAGAACGGGCUGGGUGUGCAGCUUUGAGAAGCCACAGACCUCCCCAAACUCUCUGAGCCCCAGCACCACCGUUCUCAGCCCGUACGUCACCUUUGGGUGCCUGUCAGCGAGAACCUUCUGGUGGAGACUUGCAGAGGUCUAUCAGGGGAAAAAGCACUCGGAUCCUCCGGUUUCCCUUCACGGCCAGUUACUGUGGAGGGAGUUCUUCUACACGGCCAGUGUGGGCAUCCCCAAUUUCAACAAGAUGGAGGGAAACCCUGUGUGCACACAGGUGGACUGGGAUACCAACCCCGAAUAUUUAGCUGCAUGGAGAGAGGCUCGGACCGGAUAUCCCUUCAUUGAUGCCAUCAUGACUCAACUGAGACAGGAGGGCUGGAUGCACCACUUAGCCAGACAUGCCGUCGCUUGCUUCCUGACCAGAGGAGACCUGUGGAUCAGCUGGGAGGAAGGGCAGAAGGUCUUUGAGGAGCUCCUGUUGGAUGGAGACUGGGCUCUGAAUGCUGGGAACUGGCAGUGGUUGUCAGCCAGCACCUUCUUCCACCAGUUCUUCAGGGUUUAUUCUCCCGUUGCGUUCGGCAAGAAGACAGACAAAAAUGGAGACUACAUAAAGAAGUACCUUCCUUGUCUGAAGAAGUUCCCAGCGGAGUAUAUUUAUGAGCCCUGGAAGGCUCCACGCAGUGUCCAGCAGGCAGCAGGAUGCAUUGUGGGUAAAGACUACCCAUGUCCCAUUGUGAAGCACGAAGAAGUGCACAAGAAGAACAUUCAGAGGAUGAAAGCAGCUUAUGCUAAGAGGUCACCAGCUCAGUCACCAGUCAAAAAGCAAGGUGUGAAGCGCAGCACUCCGUCUGUUAUUGACACGUUCAAGAAGAAAACGAAAAAAGAGUAACGGGACAAAGCAACAAAUUUAUUAAAGAAAUGAUGACUCCAUUGUGAAACAACCUUUCUUUUACAUUACCUGAAUUUUCAGGUUCGGCAUGUUUUUAUUAUUUAAGUUCCAUUUACAACAACGUUCUACAAUAUGUUUAUUUAUCAUAACGGUCAGGGGGGAAAAUUGUUGAGCUGUUACAUAUUUGGUGCACCGUUUGUGUCUUCAUAUCCUAAAUAAAUCUGUCUUGGGUUAUCUUCAAUGUUUAUGGUUUUUAUACUUGAAGCUUCACAGUUUUAUCUUGUGUAUUACUACUCAGGUAUUUGUAUCCAGUUCUAAUAAAAACUAUGCAAAUUA